AUGCGGUGGAGGCCCUCUAAAAAAGGCCGGAAACACGGGCCCGGAGCUUCAGAGCCGUCCUUUGCAUUCAGGAAUGCUCGGCGGGCCAAGAAGAUCAAAGAUAUCGUCCUCGUCCGCCUGGAGCAGAUUGCGCCGUUUCCCUACGACCGGAUCAUCAAAGCUCUUUCCUACUAUCCGAACGCCGACGUCGUGUGGUGCCAGGAGGAGCCGAAGAACAUGGGAGCAUGGUCCUAUGUCUCGCCGAGGCUGUCGACCUGUGUGGAGAGCGACGUGGCCUUCGUCGGGCGGCCGGUCAGUGCCGCCCCUGCGACGGGGUCCGCGCAGAUCCACCGCGAGGAAACACGGCUCAUCCUCGACGCUGCCUUUGCCAAUUGA